UUUGCUAAUAUAACUAUCAACAGAUUAAUACAGUAUGAUAAAAAACACUGAACUCAAAAGCUGCAAAGCUAGUCAGCAGCAGCAGCAACAAAGGCAGACAUAAAAAGCUUGCUACUGUUCCGUGGAUUCAAUUCAACUUAAAAGCUCCAAAGUUUGAGGUAGCUUUUGGAGUUUGGAUCAAAACAAAGUUCCUUCAUGCGCCUCAGAAUCCACUAUCUGCGGAUUAAUGGCAACAGAAGCUGAUAUUCCAGAAGCUAUAUCUGUCACGAAAGAAGGGGAAGGCAGAUAUUUGACAAGCGGGCAGUUCGACAUCAUGAUCAGCCAAUGUUCUCCUGUGCAAGUGAAUAAAUCCGAAGGUGAGUCCGAUCAGCAUUUGGAAACAGUGAAAUGCUUUGCAGAGGGUGAAAACACACAGGUGGGAUGUAGUGCGCAGGUUGAAAGCAAGAACAGCAGCAUUGGAAUCUCAGAAGGAGGAAGUUUUUUUGCAUCACCCUCAGAUUCUAAGGUUGACAAACAAGAGACUUGCGUAUCGGAGAAUUCCCAAGGUGAUGAAUCAAAUCAAGCAGAAAUGGAGAGUUUAGACAAGGAAGACCAGCUUCUGAGAGGCAAAGAGUUUGGAGUUGUAGAAGAAACAGAAAGUAAGGAAAAAGAAGUCUUGGAAGAAAUAGACAAAAAGGCUGAACAACAUAUUGAAAGUCAUGGCAUUGCCAAUGACCUUGAUGAACAUGUUCAAGUAAUCUCAGACCAACAGGAUUCAAUCAAUGAAAAUCCACAAUGUGUUGAAAAGGAGGCAAAGAGUUCACAUGAAGAUGUGAAAGGAAGGCAAAUGGCAGAUGAAAUUGCUGAUUCAUCUAGUGAACACGUUUCCGUUCUACUUGAGGAACGCUCAUUUCAAGAGGAUGAAGCUGCAGUUCGUACUCUCGAUUUGACGAACAACAGCUUCAAGAAGGAUAUUAUGCCAGAGACCUCAAUUGAUGAAAACACAGACAAUACCUCCAGCACCAAUACCAUAUUUCAAGAAGAAUUUGAGGAAGAAACAGGAAUCAAAGGACUAAAGAACAAGGCACCGGAGUCCUUUUAUGCAGUGUAUGAGGAGAAGGGUCCUGAAGCAACUGUGUUUAACAAUGAUAGAAGUACAGAUGAUGACUCCAGCUCAACAAUAGUUGCAGGUCCUGACAUUCCGAAUGAUGAAGCAGCCUUGGAAGCUAAAGAGUGUGCUGAGGACAAGCUACAAGAGACAUCUAUGACAGAUGAUCAUGAGGAAAAAGCUGGACUUGAAGUAGGGAAGAAGGCAAAUGAGGCCCCUGGUAUCCCAGACACUCCACUUAUCACACAAACAGAAGAGGCACACUUGCCGGAAGUAGGAAAUCCUGAUAUAUUCGAAGUAUAUCCUGAAAUCGGGUCAGAAGACAUCAUCAAGGAGAGUCCAAAAGAACCUGAGUACCAAAACGAAUUCCUUGAGGAAACUCCCGAAGCCAGUAACACUGCAAGUGAAACAGUUAAAGAUGAUGAAAGUUCAGAACGACAUUUUGGCAGUCCAUGCAUGAAACAAGAGGAAAAUACACAGAGAAAAGGUGAGGCACUGGAUGUGGGAGAGGCUAAAGCAGGGGAGGAGGAGGAUAGCCAAGGAUUUGCUGCUGUAGGACCUAUCCAGGAAACAGAGCAGAGCAAUAUGAAUUCAGCAGAACGCGAAGGAGAAACUGAGACUAACUUAGUUGAGCAAAUUGAAUCUGCACACUACGAUAUUGAAAGACCCUUGAAUUUAAAUUCUGAGGAGAAUGACACAGAAACUUUGAGAGAAAAUACCAAAACAAUUACCACUGAUGAAGCAGAGAGACAAGUUAUAAACCUUGAACAAAGCUUCAAGAAAGAAGGGAAGGAAGAUUCAGCAAUUCCUAGUUAUGAAAUCACUGAAGAUGAAAUUCCUGAAGAAAAGGUUCUUAAAGAACCAGAGAUUUCUGGAGGAGGUGAGAGCACCACACGGGAGCUAAAUAAGAAUAUCGAAAUACCUGAAAAUAUUCUUAAUACGUCAACAGUGAAAUGUGAAGAAGGUGAGCAGGGAGAAGGUAAGAACACAGCUCCAACAAAAGCUACAGAAGAGGAUCACAGAGAUGAGGACCCAUUUACUGUCGAAGUGGCUGAAGAAGAUCAUGACUAUAACAGUGCAAUCUCGGUUACAGAAAUGAGCGCAAAAGUAACAUCAAAUGAUGAAGAAGAUGCACCACAGGCCUUGCAGAAAUAUGAACCAGGAGGGGAGCUUCAAAAUGUGCUGGAUGUGAUGCCUGAGGACAUUAAGACAGAAACAUCCAGGGAAAGUGCAGAAGUAAUUAUCUGCAGAAAAGAGGAAAGAACAAUUCAGAACUCACAAGAAUCCUCAGACAAAGAAAAGAUAGAAGAUAUCGAAAGCACAAAUAAUACAGAAGAAAAUGACACUGCAGUGGUGGAGGCAUGUACUAAGGCAGCUGAUUUGAGUACAAUUAUAGAGGAAAAGAACUUAGAGGAGCAGGAAAUUCAGAAACUCUCUUCUUCAUUGGUAGUAGAAGAAACAACUAAGGAAAUCUCAGAGGAAGAAGAAAUCUAUGGAGUGAUACUAAAAGAAGAGAGAAAGGAAGCACAUGCAAAAUGUAAGGAGCCCGCUGAGGGAGCAAAUCUGACACAAGACUUAAAAUCUGAAACUACAGAAGAGAGAACAGAGACAGAUAAGGACAUCUAUGCUCCAAUUUCAGAGGGAGAAACCCAUGCAGAAGAAAGCAAGACAACAUUUGUUCCAAAAAAUUCCUUUCUCUCUGAUGUACCCGAGAUGGAGAUCGAAAAACAUUUUCAGGUGAACUAUGUGCCUACAGUUAGCAAUUUUGACUCUGUGUCCGGAAUAGUGAGUAAAGUAACAGGCUUGGAGGAAGCUGAAACAGAGAACCAGGAGCAGGAAAAAAAGAAUGAUAUUACUCCUGAAGAGAAGGUUCUACCAACCAUCUUCACCAGCGAAAAGAUUAAUGUACAAGAAGAGGAAAAUUUCAAUUCAAAAGAGAAGUUGGAGAAUCAGAUUCCAACAACAGCAUGCUUGAAAGAAGCUGAAGCAGAAAAUAAGGAGCAUGUCCAAAAUACUGAUCCUGAAGAGAAGGGUGUAGAAACCAUCUUAACAGAUAAAACAGCCUUGGACAUUGAAGAUAUUGCUGUACAAGCAGGGGAAAAUUUCAAUUCAAAAGAGAAUUUGGAGGAGCAGAUUCCAACAGCUGCAGAUGAAGGUGAAACAUUCUGGAAGGAAGCUGAAGCAGAAAAUAAGAAGGAGAUCAAACAUACUGAUAUUGCUUCUGAAGAGAAGGGUCAAGAGAUCAUCUUAACGGAUGAAACGGCCUUGAACAUUGAAGACAUUAAUGUACAAGCAGAGGAAAAUUUGAAUUCAAAAGACAACUUGGAGAAGCAGAUUCCAACAUCAGCAGAUGAAGGUGAAACAUUCUCGAAUGAAGCAGAAGCAGAAAAGGAGGAGGAGAUCAAACAUACUGACAUUGCUCUGGAAGAGAAGGGUCUAGAAACCAUCUUAACGGAUGAAACUGCCUUGGACAUUGAAGACAUUUAUGUCCAAGCAGAGGAAAAUUUCAAUUCAAAAGAGAACUUGGAGGAGCAGAUUCCAACAGCAGCAGAUGAAGGUGAAACAUUCUGGAAGGAAGUUGAAGCAGAAAACAAGGAGGAGAUCAAACAUACUGAUAUUGCUUCUGAAGAGAAGGGUCUAGAAACCAUCUUAACGGAUGAAACAGCCUCGGACAUUGAAGACAUUAAUGUACAAGCAGAGGAAAAUUUGAAUUCAAAAGACAACUUGGAGGAGCAGAUUCCAACAUCAGCAGAUGAAGGUGAAACAUUCUCGAAUGAAGCAGAAGCAGAAAACAAGGAGGGGAUCAAACAUACUGAUAUUGCUCCGGACGAGAAGGGUCUAGAAACCAUCUUAACGGAUGAAACGGCCUUGGACAUUGAAGACAUUUAUGUACAAGCAGAGGAAAAUUUCAAUUCAAAAGACAACGUGGAGGAGCAGAUUCCAACAACAGCAGAUGAACAUGAAUCAUGCUUGAAAGAAGCCCAAGCAGAAAAUAAGGAGCAGGUAAAAAAUACUGAUAUUAUUCCUGAGGAGAAGGGUUUAGUAACCAUCUUAACAGAUGGAACAUCCUUGGACAUUGAAGAUAUUUAUGUUCAAGCAGAGGAAACUUUCAACACAAACGAGAACUUGGAGGGGCAGAUUCCAAAAGCAGCGGAUGAAGGUGAAACGUUCUUGAAGGAAGUUGAAGCCCAAAAUGAGGAGCAGGCGAAAAAUAUUGAUAUUGGUCAUGAAGAGAAGGGUCUACCAACCAUCUUAACAGAUGAAACGGCCUUGGACAUUGAAGAUAAUGACGUACAAGCAGAGGAAAAUUUUAAUUUAAAAGAGAACUUGGGGAAGGAGAUUCAAACAACAGCAGAUGAACGUGAAACAUUCUUGAAAGAAGCCGAAGCAGAAAAUCAGGAGCAGGUCAAAACUACUGAUAUAGUUCCAGAAGAGAAGGGUCUGGCAACAAUCUUAACAGAUGAAACAUCCUUGGACGUUGAAGAUAUUGAUGUACAAGCAGAGCAAAACUUCAAAUCAAAAGAGAACUUGGAUGAGCAGAUUCCAACAGCAGCAAAUGAAGGCCAAACAUGCUUGAAGGAAGCCGAAUCAGAAAACAAGGAGCAGACAAAAGAUAUCAAUAUUGCUCCAGAAGAGAAGGGUCUAGCAACCAUCUUAACAGAUGAAACGGCAUCAGAAAUUGAAGAUAGUGAUGUACAAGCAGAGGAAAAUUUCAACUCAAAAGAGAACUUAGAGAAGCAGUUUCCAACAGCAGCAGAUGAAGUUAAAACAUGCUUGAAAGAAGCCAAAGCAGAAAAUAAGGAGCAGGUCAAAGAUACUGAUAUUGUUCAUGAGGAGAAAGGUCUAGCGACCGUCUUAACAGAUGACACAUCCUUGGACGUUGAAGAUAUUGAUGUACAAGCAGAGCAAAAUUUCAACUCAAAAGAGAACUUGGAGGAGCAGAUUCCAACAGCAGCAGAUGAAGAUAAAACAUGCUUUAAGGAUGCCGAAACAGAAAACAAGGAGCAGACAAAAACUACUGAUAUUGCUCCAGAAGAGAAGGGUACAGCAACCAUCUCAGCAGUUGAAACGGCCUUGGACAUUGAAGAUAUUGAUGUAAAAGGAGAGAAAAAUUUAGAGAAACAGAUUCCAACAGCAGCAAAUGAAGGAGAAACAUGCUUGAAGGAAGCCGAAUCAAAAAACAAGGAGCAGACAAAAGAUAUCAAUAUGGGCCUAGCAACCACCUUAACAGAUGAAACGGCAUCAGAAAUUGAAGAUAGUGAUGUACAAGCAGAGGAAAAUUUCAACUCAAAGGAGAACUUAGAGAAGCAUUUUCCAACAGCAGCAGAUGAAGUUGCAACAUGCUUGAAAGAAGCCAAAGCAGAAAAUAAGGAGCAGGUCAAAGAUGCUGAUAUUGUUCAUGAGGAGAAAGGUCUGGCUACCGUCUUAACAGAUGACACAUCCUUGGACGUUGAAGAUAUUGACGUACAAGCAGAGCAAAAUUUCAACUCAAAAGAGAACUUGGAGGAGCAGAUUCCAACAGCCGCAGAUGAAGAUAAAACAUGCUUUAAGGAUGCCGAAACAGAAAACAAGGAGCAGACAAAAACUACUGAUAUUGCUCCAGAAGAGAAGGGUCUAGCAACCAUCUCAGCAGUUGAAACGGCCUUGGACAUUGAAGAUAUUGAUGUAAAAGCAGAGGAAAUUUUCAACUCUAAAGAGAUUUUAGAGAAGCAGAUUACAACAGCAGCAGAUGAAGGUGAAACAGGCUUGAAGGACCCUGAAGCAGAAAAAAAUGAGCAGGUAAAAAUUGAUAUUGCUCCUGAAGAGAAGGUUCUAGCAACCAUCUUAACAGAUGAGACAUUGUUGGAUGUUGAAGAUAUUGAUGUACAAGCAGAGCAAAAUUUCAACUCAAAGGGGAACUUGGAGGAGCAUAUUCCAGCAGCAGCAGAUGAAGGUGGAACAUGCUUGAAAGAAGCCAAAGCGGAAAAUAAUGAGCAGAUCAAAGAUACUGAUAUUGUUCAUGAGGAGAAAGGUCUAGCGACCGUCUUAAAAGAUGACACAUCCAUGGACAUUGAAGAUUUUGAUGUUCAAGCAGAGCAAAAUUUCAACUCAAAGGAGAACUUGGAGGAGCAGAUUCCAACAGCAGCAGAUGAAGAUAAAACAUGCUUUAAGGAUGCCGAAACAGAAAACAAGGAGCAGACAAAAACUACUGAUACUGCUCCAGAAGAGAAAGGUCUAGCAAACAUCUCAGCAGUUGAAACGGCCUUGAACAUUGAAGAUAUUGAUGUAAAAGCAGAGGAAAUUUUCAACUCCAAAGAGAUUUUGGAGAAGCAGAUUACAACAGCAGCAGAUGAAGGUGAAACAGGAUUGAAGGAUGCCAAAACAGAAAAUCAUGAGAAGGUAAAAAAUGAUAUUGCUCCUGAAGAGAGGGCUCUGGCAACCAUCUUAACAGAUGAAACGGCAUCAGAAAUUGAAGAUAGUGAUGUACAAGCAGAGGAAAGUUUCAACUUAAAAGAAAACUUGGAGAAGCAGAUUCCAACAGCAGCAGAUGAAGGUGAAACAGGCUUGAAGGAAUCCGAAUCAGAACACAAUGAGCGGGUAGAAAAUGACAUUGCUCCUGAAGAGAAGGUUCUAGCAACCAUCUUAACAGAUGAAACGGCCUUAGACAUUGAAGAUAUUUACGUAGAAGCAGAGGGGGGAAAUUUUGACUCAACGGAGUUCUUGGAAAAUCAGAUUCCAACAGAAGCAGGUAAGACCACGGAGCAAAGCUUUCAAGUGCAAAGUCUUGAGGAAGCAGAUCCAACAUUGGGAGUUGAAGAUGAGAGUCACAAAUCAGAAGAUCAUCCUGAGAAGAAUAACAUGAUAGUUGAAGAGCCGCAAUGGUUGCAGGUCUUUGAUAAACCAAAGAUCACAGGCAGAGAUUUGAACAAAGAAGAAAUCCUAGAAGGCAAUGUCACCUUUUCACCAGAAUCAAUUGAAGAAGAUACAGGUAAUAACUCCCAAGAAAUUGAAAAAGAGAUAAAAAAUCUCAAAGAAGAGGGAAGCAGUGUAGAGAGCAUGAAAGAAGGCAAUGGUGAUGACCUCUCACCAGAGUAUAUUCCAGAAGAUGAAAGUGAAAAGUUCAAAGAAGACAAAAUGGAUGCGGUGGAGUCGAAAGGAGAGAUCCUUGAAGAGUCACAUACUGCUGGAAUAGGUGAGAACACAGUAUCUGAGACAAAUAAGAUUGCUGAAGAAAUUCUUAGUACUUUACCAGUGAAAUAUGAAGAAGGUCAGCAGGGAGAAGGUAGCAUCCCAGCUUCAGCAAAAGCUUCAAAGGAAGAAGACCCAAUUGCGGACACAUUUCCUGUCAAGUUGGCUGAAGUCGAGGAUGAUGAUAUUAGUACAGUCGCGGUUAUAGAAACGAGUGCGAAGGUAAUUGGUGAAGAAGGUUCACCACGGGCUGUGCAGAAAUAUGAACCAGGAGAGGGGCUUCAAAAAUUGCUGGAUGUGAUGCCCGAAGAAACCAAGGCAGAAUCAUCAAGAGAAAAUGCACAAGUAAUUACAUGCACAAAGGAGGAAAGAGCAAUUCAGAACAUAAAAGAAUCCAAAGAAGAAGAUACAAAUGCCAUAAAUGAAGCGAAAGAAAAAGACACAGGAUCGGAAGAGGUGUUGGAGAGAAACAGUAGAGAACAAGAAACAGGAGAACAUGCAUUACGGGAAAUUCAUCCUCAAGAAUUCAAUGAUAAAGAGACAACUGAAGACAACUCCGCGGAAUAUCAGGCGUGUAUUGAGGCAGCUGAUUUUAGCACAAAAAUAGUACAAGGAAACUUAGAGGAACAGGCCAAUCGGGAACUCUCUUCUUCACUGGUGGGAGACAACAUAAUUAAGGAAAGCUCAGAAGAAGAAGAAAAUUAUGUGUCGACUCUGAAAGAAGAGAAAAAGGAAGCGCAUGAGGAAUGUAAAGAGCCCAUUGAGGUCACAAAUAUGAUGGAGGAGGAAACAAACUCUGAAACUUUUAAGGACAAAAGAAAGCCAAAUGAGGACCUCUGUACUCCUAUUUCAGAGGAAGAAACCCAUGCAGAAGAAAGUAAUUCCUUUCAGUCCGAGUUAUCUGAGAAGGAUGGCUCCACAGUUAUCAAUUCUGACUCUGUGUCUGGAAUUGUGAGGCACCAAACAGUCCUGAAGGAAGCUGAAGCAGAAAACAAAGAGCAGGUCGAAAAUACUGAUACUGCUCUUGAUGAGAAGGGUCUAGCAACCAUCUUGACGGAUGGAACUACCUUGGACGUUGAAGGUAUUGAUGAACAAUCAGAUGAAAAUUCCAACUCAAAAGAGUUCUCAGAGAGCCAGAUUCCAACAGUUGCGGUUGUGGAUGAAGUUGAAGAGAAGGUAGGACUUGGAAAUAUCAAUUUAGAUGACGCCCCUGUUAACUUUCAAGUGCAAAGUCUUGAAGAAGCAGAACCAACACCGAGAGUUGAAGAUGAGAAUAAUAACAUGAUAGCUGAAGAGGUGAAGCCUCAACUGUUGGACCAGGUCUUUGAUGAACCAAAGAACACUGAGGGAGAUUUCAAUAAAGGACAAAUCAUAGAAGCCAAUGCUGCAAUUUUUUCACCAGAAUUAAUUCAAGAAGAAACAGUUAAGAACUCUCAGGACAAUGACAAGGAGACAGAAAAGUUAAAGGAAGAGGGAAGCAGCAUAGAGAACAUAAAAGAACUCAAUGCUAAUGACCUCCAACUAGAGUCUAUUCCAGAAGAUGGAAGUGAAAAGUUCAAAGAUGACAAACUGGAAGCAGUGAAGUUCAAAGGAGAGAUCCUUCAAGAGUUACAUGCUGCUGGAGUAGGUGAGGGCACCGCAUGUGAGACAAGUAAGAUUGCUGAAAGGUCUGAAGAAAUUUUUUAUACUUUACCAGUGAAAUAUGAAGAAGGUCCACUUCGAGAAGGUAACAGUCCAACUUCAGCAAAAGCUUCAAAUGAGGAGGAUAAAGAUGAAGAAACAUUUUCUGUCAAAGUGGCUGAAGACGAUGAUAGCAACAAUGGUGCAGUCACAGUGACAGAAACAAGUGAAAAGGUGACAUCAAAUGAAGAAGGAGAUUCAUCACAGUCUUUGGAGAAAUAUGAAUUGGGAGAGGAGGUACAGGUUAAAACUAGUGAUUUAGCAUAUGAAAACAAGGUUUACAACCUGGAGGUCAAAGCUUCUUUUGCUGAAAGGACAGCAGAAGAGACAAGCUUGAGAAAGGAAGGGCACAAGGAGGUUUCGGAUUUGGCUUUGGAAAAGCUAGAUGUUGAUGCAACUGAAGAAGAAAUCAGAGAAGGAUCUGAAAUAGUUCCUAAAUCUGAUUCUCAAAGCAUUGAUGUAGUUUCCAAAGAUGAUAUCAUUGCUUGUCAGGCACUCCACGAAGGGAUAUCAAAGGAGCAACUUCAAAUACCAUCUUCUACAUUGCUUCCCGAGGAAAAAGAGCUCAAAUCUAAUCAACAUGAGCAUGAAACUACAACCCAAGACAAGAAUAUAGAAGAAGAGCACACACAUGAAAGGGCAGUGCCAGCUGAUGAAAACACGGGAGAUUUAUUUGCUGCGAGGUCAGUAGAAGAGGCACAUUUGCAAAAGGAAGAACCCAGAGAGCUCAAAGCUUCUGAAUUGUCUCUGGAAAAGCUAGAUGCCGGUGAAAGUGAAGAAGAAAUCAAAGAAAGUUUUGAAACGGUCUCUAAAUCUGAUUGUCUAAGCAUUGAUGCAGUUUCCAAAGAUGAAAUCAUUGAUGAUCAAACACUCCUUGAGGGGAUAACAGACAUGCAACUUCAGAUACCAUCUCAUAGUUUGCUUCCCAAGGAAGAGGAGCUCAAAACUUAUGAACACGAGCACGGAAUUACAACCCAAGACAAAUCCAUAGAGGAAGAGCAUGCCAAGAAAAUAGAAAUGCCAGAAGAGACAAUCUUGCACAAGGAAGAGGCCAGGGAGCUCAAAGUUUCUGAAUUGGCUCCAGAAGAGUUGAAUGCUGAUGAAACAGAAGAAAUCAAAGAAACCUUUGAAACAGUGUCUAAAGCUGAUUCUCAAAGCACUGAUGUAAUUUCCAAAGAUGAGAUCAUUGCUUAUCAGAUAGUCCAUGAAGGGAUAUCAAAAGAGCAACUUCAGAUACCAUCUUCUAUAUUGCUUCAUGAGGAAAAGGAGAUCAAAGCUUCUGAAGAUGAACAUGGAACUACCUCGGAAGAGAUAUGUCCACAAAAGGAAGAGCCCAAGGAUGCCAAGGUUUCUGAAAUGGCUCUGAAGACACUGGAUGCGGAUGAAACUGCAGAAGAAACAGAAGAAACUUGUGAAACAGCAAAUACACUUGCUUCUCAAAGCAUUGAUGUAGUUACCGAAGAUGAAGUUGUCGAUGAUCAGACACUCUGUAAAGUGAUAUUAAAAGAGACUCCAUCUACUGCAUUUCUCACAGGUGAAACGAAGCAUGCCACAAUCACUACGACAGAAGAAGAAAACAUGAGCAAUGUGCAAAUACAGGAUGAUGAGAACGGAAACGCUGCAAGCACAGCAGAAGAGAAAAGCUUGCCAAAGGAAGAGCCAAGCGAACUCAAAGUGUCUGAUGUUGAGCUUUACUCUAGUGAAGAAUUACAAAAGGAAAGUUCAAAUGAAGUUCAUGAGGAAGAACGGAGCUCUCUGAUAGGAGUUCCAGAAGUAGAGCCUCAUGACGAUGAAGAAGGGGAAAGAUAUGAUGAUUCUCCAUUGGGGAACCAGAAAACCACAGAACUAAAGGGAACAACCAUGGAAGCCUCCAAUCUUGACAUUGAAACAAGUGAAAAUGCUUCUGACUGUGCUCCAGAAGAAGGCUUCAGCAGAUCACAAGAUGCUACGAUAAACAGAGAGCACCUAAAGAAUGAAGCAAAUGAAACAAAUGAAAACAUAAAGAAUGAAGUUUCUAAUGAACAGAAGCAUCUUGAGGUAGCAAUAUCUGAUUCAAGGGCAGAAGAGAGGUGGUGUGAGACAACAAUUGAAGCAAAUGAAACCAGGAAGAAUGAAGUUUCAAAUGAAGAGAUGGAGGCUGAAGAGCUAGAGGCAAAAGAUUUGCGGCCGAUUUCUGUUAGUGGAGAAAACAUCAGCCAUAGAGAACAAGAAAAUGAGUUGAUAGCUGAAAAAUAUGAAGGAGAGAAGAGUGAAUCAUUUAAUACCGCAAGAAAUGAAAAUCAGGACAACGAGGAAUCCCCGAAAGAAACUACACAAGUGGCUAAACAUUUAACUGAAGACAAAGAACUUCAAACCGAAGAGAAUCUGUGUGACACAACAGUUGAAGCAAAUGAAAAAAUUAAGACUGGACUUUCAAAUGAUGAGAUCAAGGAGGAUAAGGAACUUCCAAAGGAUUCUGAGGCAGACUCUGUCAGAGAAGAGAGCCAUCAAGAAAAAAAAACAAUAGCUGAAGAGUAUCAAGUAGAGAAGACCAACGAAAGUUCUGUGAUCAGAACAAACGAAAAUCGGGGCGAGUUGCCUGAGGAGAAAGAUACAACAGCUAGCAAAGAAGUGCAAACUGAAGAGGAAGAAGAAGAGCACGAAAAUGCUGAAGAAGUAAAAACAUAUGAAGAGACGGGAGAAAAUGAACACAAAAAUGCAGAGCCAGGCUAUGAUUCUCCCGUCAUUGUAGAAGCCUCUAGAGAUGCUGAUGCUAAGAUUUCACAUAAGAAAUCCCAUAAUAUCCUUUCGGGUAUCAAGCAUUCAAUAUCCAAGGUGAAGAAAGCCAUUACCGGCAAGUCUUCUCAUUCAAAGACACAAUCAGAAAAAUAAAUAAAUAAACAAAACCAAGUCGGUUCCGACAGUUGAAGAAUUGGAUGAAUAAAGGUUUUAUGUGGGUGUGCUUGUUCUAAGAGGUUUGAGUGUGGUAUGUGUGCUUGUGCAGCUUGAAUAAGUUCAAUAUUCUUUAUUUGUAUAAAGUGAGUUAAAGAAUUGCCUUAUUGUAAAUUUGUAAUCUUUUUGCCAAUUUCUAGUGCAUAUAUACAAGAAAAUGGAGUGUACAGAGCCAGUGUUCA